GGGAAAGAAUCCGAGGGAGGGAGAGAAAAGUGAGGGGACAGAGGGAAGGAGAAAGCGAAGAGGGGGAAAAACGAGGGGGGAGAAAGAGAGAGAGAACGGGGAAAUCGCGGGAAGAAAGAGUUGGAGAAAACCGAAGGAGAGGGGUUUUCUUUGCCCUCUCCCCGCGAGACUCGAGGCUGUUCGGACCCAGACCGGGACAGGUCGAACAACAUGCCGAGAGCGUUCUUGGUGAAAACCCGCAGCGCUGCCGCUAGACACCGCAGCUGGAGCGAAAUGCCGGACGAAAUGCGAGCCGAUGUCUACAUUCCGCAUCCACUGGAUGUGAUUCACUGCCGAGGGUCAGAAAUGUGCGAGGCUCCCCUCUGCCUGACUGCCGAUGACAGCACGGGGAAGGAGUCGUCCUACGACACCGACUCGAGCGCGUCUGCGCAGGAGGUGGAGAACGGCAUCAACCAGAGCGGCCAGCAAGGAUUCGUCCGCUCCAAGAUUAAGGUGACCAUUGGAGAGUGCGCGGCCGAGAACUACGCCUGCCAGCUGUGCCACAAGACGUUCCAGUUCCAGCGCAUGCUGAACCGCCACAUGAAGUGUCACAACGUGGUGAAGCGACACCUCUGCACCUUCUGCGGCAAAGGCUUUAACGACACGUUCGACCUCAAGAGGCACGUCCGUACGCACACAGGGAUUCGCCCGUACAAGUGCGACCUGUGCGAGAAGGCCUUCACCCAACGCUGCUCGCUGGAGUCCCACCUCAAGAAGAUCCACGGUGUCCACCAGGCCUACGCCUACAAGGAACGGCGGACCAAGCUCUAUGUGUGCGAGGACUGCGGCUUCACGGCCGAGAGUCAGGAGGGACACUUCGUCCACAUGAGGGAAAGGCACCCGGACAGCCCCUCGCUGCGCAAGAGCGCCAAGAAGAUGGCAGUACUGCAGUCUGGCCUCGCCUCGUCUUCCUGAUGCCCCGUCUGCUCCCCCCUCCCACUCACUGGUGGCGAGUUGCGGUGGGUGAGGGGGGAGGUGGACUUGCAGUGCCAUACCAGCCCGUCUCAACACCGCUGUAAUGCCCAGCUUUGGCCGGAUCGCUCGCGAUGAUGGGAGUGUUUCCCCCAGCUCCUUCCCUCUCCACCCUCCAACAUCCCCUCAAGCGCCUCUCCGCCGCCAACCGGAAAGAGCAGGAGAAGAUUUCACGGGAGUUGCCUCAGGCGGGGCCAACCGAAGCGACUCCAACCCGCCACGAUCGGAAACUGGUCGGGAGGGGGGGCCGCGAUCAAGACUCGUCCUGCUGAUCACGCCGGCGCUGACAGCUCCGAAGCCGUGCCCUGAAACCCCCGCGUCUCCGCCACCCCCAGCCUUUUGCACUGACCCGGAUCAGCUAUCUGCUUUGCAGACCCCACACCUGCACCUUGUUGGAGUUCCAGUCGCCGAACUUGGUCCUCUGGCCCGAAACUUUGACUGUCCCACUUCCCAAAACGGUUGCUACCUGAUCCCACUAACUUACCUCCGGAGCUAUUUUCAACGAGGGGGAAAAGGAGUAAGAAUGGCACUUUUUUUUUUAAACAGUUGCUGCUCGACAAGGCUGAUGGACUUCAUGGGUAUCGCCGAACACAGUUGUCCUCUCCCCGCCCAACCGACCUGCUUCCAAGAGGAAUCAUGGGCACGUGGUCACGAUGGAUCUGGAGAUACUGACACUUACUGCUGUCAACUUUCAACUUCUGGGGACUUGGGUGGGAUAGAGUGGGUGAGGUGGGGGAGUUUGGGGAACGUAGGGGAAUGGAGUGCUGAGUGGAUGCUGCUUAGUAUCUAUGGCAUUGAGCACUUUUUUAUAUCAUAAGAGAACUGGGAAAAGCAACAUCUGUCUUGACAAAUGGUGGUGAAACAAAUAAUUCUGUAGGCAGUACAUAUAAUUUCUUAACUAACUGGAACUUUCACCCUUCUGAUUCUUACAUGACUUUUGGAUUUGAUUUGCAGAUAAUUUAGUUUAAAAUUUUCUGCUCAGGGAUUUUGUGCAACAGGUGCAUAUUUUAAAGACACAGUUGUGGGGCUUCUGAGUGGUAGAUAUGGAAUGAAGCUCUCUCCACACUGUCCCAUCACACACUCCCGGGGUCAGACACAGAGUGAAACUCCCUCUACACCGUCCCAUCACACACUCCCAGGGUCAGACACAGAGUGAAUCUCCCUCCACACCGUCCCAUCACACAUGCCCCGGGUCAGACACAGAGUGAAUCUCCCUCCACACCGUCCCAUCACACACUCCCGGGGUCAGACACAGAAUGAAGCUCCCUCCACACCGUCCCAUCACACACUCCCAAGGACAGUUUAGAAAUAAAAGAAUGAAAAUAAUUGUUUAUGUACACAUUAAAACUCACUACUGAGUGGAUUAGGUCUUAAUUUGGAAGUGGGGAAUGAGCCCAAACAGCCUGUCUGAUCCCACUGGGACUGGAACUACCUGACUGCUCCAGGCUCACGAGUUGGAGAGGGUCAGUGCCACGCUAAGACGUGAGGUCCCUCAGCCCUAAGAGACUUCACUCGGUAUCAGCCCCGGGAGACACGAGAGGCCGCAGAUGCAGGAAUCAGGAGCAAUACACAACGCCCCGGAAGAAGAACUCAGCAGGUCGGGCAGCAUCUGCGUGGAGGGAAAUGAACAGUCAGUGCCGCGGACUCUCCCCGCCCCCCCCCGGCCUCCCGGCCCCCCGAACCAUCCAUUUCCCCCUCUGUAGAUGCUGCCCGUCCCACUGUGUCUUUAUCAUUGCAGCAUUUGGGACCACGCCUUGCGUAUUCGGGGUUCCGAACUCUGAACUCCCUGCCACCCUGCCGACCCAAUCCUGAGGCGAUGAUGUGGCUCGAUGCUGCGGUUUUAGCGGGCAGCAUUCCUGUUGGCACAGCUACGGUACUUUACUUUGUUACAGCACUGUAUAAACUCGAGGUGUACAGGAAGGAAAAUGUGGCAGAAUUUGAGCAAUACAGUAUAUGUUUUAAAUGUAUUUUAAACUAUUUUUUAAUUAUCUAUUAUUGGUGAUGGAAUUUAUUUUGCAUUUUAUUUAUUUAGAGAUACUACAUGAUACCAGGGAUUUCCAGCCCAGCUGCUUUGUUUAGUAACUCCAGAAAGUACUUGCGGCCCGUUACGCUGCCGGCGUUUCGGGCAGCAAUGAAGGUCCUCCAUCUCUGGCGGUGUUCAGGGCUUCCUUCAUCCUAUCAGUCGCUUCCUCUCAGUUUUCGCCACUGUCAGACAUGCAAGUCCCGGGUGGAGACUCAGGAAUACCGUCGCACUCAGAUGGACGUCACACUCUGCUUCCGUAACAGUUUUGUUUGACCAGUCAGGGUUGUUAGCCCUGAACCUGGAGGACCGGUGGACCGCUCUUGGUCUGGCCUCUAACCCUUUGACCCUUUUUUGGCAUGGACGACCCUACCAAGAACCAAGGCAUAAAGCCCUGACUCCAGCCAACGUAGCUCUCUGGGUCUUUGAGGCUCACGAGCCUCCAAAUCAUGACAGGGUUAACUAAUCAAAAGAAAAACACGGUAGCCGGGGAUAACACG